CUUACUGCAUUAUGCUUUGAAUCAAAAUACUUCUAUAUAAUUACGAUGGAUUGCUGGGGAAAAUGGAAGUUUAUUAUUGUCAUGCUGGUCAUUAACCUUGCAUUGGCUAUAGUAAAUAUCCUGCUUAAGAAGACUCUUGACGGUGGAUUGGGUGGUCUGAUUAUUGUUACUUAUCGACAGUCGAUUUCUGCUGUUUUCUUAACACCAAUUGCUUUCUUUUUGGAAAGAAAAAGUAGAACAGAGCUUACAUCUCGAAUCUUAUGCCACCUUUUCAUCAGUGCUCUAAUUGGGAUAACUUUCACACAUUACUUAUUUCUUCUUGGACUUCAGUACACCUCUGCAACAUAUUCCUGUGCAUUCAUCAACAUGGUGCCUGUCAACACUUUCCUCUUGGCUCUACCAUUUGGACUAGAGAAAGUGAACAUAAAGAACAAGGGUAUUGGGAUCGCUAAAGUUCUCGGUGCCCUAAUAUGUAUUGGUGGAGCUGUGUCAUUGAUCUUGUACAAAGGAAUGCCACUAACCAACCAACAUUCAGAAUCCACACUUCAAAUGCAAAACCAUGCCAAUACAAUGGCGUUGUCAUCAGCCAAGAAGAAUGAUAGGUGGGCUGUUGGUUCAGUAUUUUUGGCAUCAGGCUGCCUCUUGUGGUCUUCAUGGUUCCUCAUCCAAGCAAAGAUCGGCCAGAGCUACCCUUUUCAGUACUCUAGCACCGCGAUUUUGUCCUUCUUUGGCGCCAUUCAAUCUGCCAUCUUGUGCUUCAUCACGCAGAGGCACAUUGUCAUGUCAAUGUGGAUUCUCAAGGGAAAGUUGGAGAUCUUAAGUGUCGUAUAUGCUGGAGUAAUAGGAUCAGGGUUGUGCUACGUAGGGAUGUCAUGGUGUGUGAAACAAAAGGGUGCACUCUUCACAGCAGCGUUUACCCCCGCCACCCAGAUAUUUGCGGUUAUGUUGGACUUCUCUUUCUUGCAUGAACAAAUUUACCUCGGAAGCGUGGUGGGAUCUGUUAUUGUCAUAACUGGCAUGUACAUUUUACUGUGGGGUAAAAGCAAGGAUCACAAGGAAAUGGUGAUCAAGCAGACACAAGCAGCUGAUCAAGAUCAAGAAUGUGGUCCAAUGCCACAAGGCAUGCCCCUUGAUGUAAAUAAAUAACGCUUCUAAAAUGUUUAG